GCUUAGGUCCGGGGUGUAUUUUCAUUUAAUUGGACCGAGUUAGACUUCGAGAUUACGUUAAAAACUAUAUGUAAUAAGAGGAAAAUAACAAGCGACAGAAGAAACGCACUGGUCAGCCGCCAUGUUGGUUUUAUUGUUUGGCCUCUGGGCGGUGCAACAAGCCGUGACGUCACAAAGAAGCCGGACGUCGAAUAAUAAAAUUAGAGCAAGACUAAUUUUGCUAUGGAAUCAUUAAUGGAAUGGGUCAAGAUUUAAUCUGGCCCGGCCCCCUCCUUGUCCUUCCCCGGCUCGGCCCCCUGCAGCACUCUGUGUACCUGCGCCAUGAGGGCUGGGACUGGUGCUGCUUUUCUGGUGCUGCCAUGGUCCGGUGGGGCAGAGGCAACGGUGGAGGAGGAUAGAGGGGGUGUGCUGGUCCGUGGUGGGGCGCUGCUGGGCGUAUUUUUAAUAUGUGUGGCCGUGGUGCGCAGGUGGAUUGCAGGUGGAGUGUGUUACAGUUGGGAGCGUCAUGAUGGGAAGACGGUGGUGGUGACGGGAGCCAACACGGGCAUUGGCAAGGAGACAUGCAGAGAGCUGGCGCGGCGAGGAGCGCGCGUGGUGAUGGCGUGCAGGGACCUGGCGCGAGCCGAGCGAGCUGCCGAAGAGAUCCGCAAGUCCACGGGAAAUGGGAACGUGGUGAUCAGACAUUUGGACCUGGCCUCGCUCUACUCAGUCAGACAGUUUGCCAAAGACUUUUUGGACAGCGAGGACAGACUGGACAUCCUCAUUAACAAUGCUGGGGUGAUGAUGUGUCCAAAAUGGCUGACGGAGGAUGGUUUUGAGACUCAAUUUGCUGUCAAUCAUUUGGCUCACUUCCUUCUGACCAAUCUGUUGCUUCAUAAACUAAAGAGCUCCGCCCCCAGCCGAGUGGUCACCGUUUCGUCCAUCGCCCAUCGGGGCGGUCGCAUCAACUUUGAUGACUUAUUCUUCACCAAGAGGCCAUACAGUUCGCUGGAGAGCUACCAGCAGAGCAAGCUCGCCAAUGUGCUCUUCAGUAGAGAACUUGCACGACGCCUUCGAGGUUCUGGAGUGUCGUCAUUCUGCUUGCAUCCGGGUGUGAUCCGGACUGAGCUGAGCCGCCACGUUGAAGGCUGGUUCCCCUUUUUGGGAGCCAUCCUGAGGCUGCCCUCGCUCCUGUUCAUGAAGACGCCUUGGCAGGGCUGCCAGACCAGCUUGUACUGUGCCGUGACGCCAGGCCUGGAGGGCCAAUCAGGGAGCUACUUCAGUGACUGCGCCGUGAAGGAGGCAGCGCCGGAGGGGCGGGACGACGAGGUGGCAAGCAGGCUGUGGCGAGAGAGUAUGCGAUUGGUUGGAUUAAAAGAAACCUGCUAAACUCUGAGUUUAACAGUACAUAGCAUCACGUCAAUAAUCUCAAUAAACAAUCAAAUCAUUUGAUAGCCACAGCAGCUAUCACUAAAAAAAUAGAAAAAAACAUGACACUUAUGUUAAAAGGUGUUAGAUUUCAUCCCACUUGGCAUUAGCAUCUACGAAAGUGGGGUCACAGGUGGUUUGUGGGGUGUCAAGUCAAGUGUUGGUUCUGUUGACAGCUGGCUACCAUAGCAAUAGAAUAGAACAAUGGAGUCAUUGACUCGAUGUGUGCACGUGCACAACGUCCCAUUAAGAGAUGCAACCUUGAUUGACAGCUCCUUCUAAUCGUUCAACGUCACACUAUGGCCACUAUAUUAGGAACAUGCGAGACCAGCUUCAGCAGUAGGGGGCGCUAUUGGACUGCCGAGGAGCCGCUGAGCCAGCAGGAGGAAGAGGAGAGGGGGUGAUUGUGAAGAUGAUGACGGUGGGGGGGUUGAGUAACCGGACACCGAGUGCUGGAGCGUCUGCUGUCCGCUCACAAGACAUUAGAGUCCGGCAGAAGAGACGUGGAAGAUCGGCGAUUAGUCGAAGGACGUUUUAGCUGCUCGAUGGCGGACUUGGGGUCUUUUUAAGCAGCUUCGCUGUGGACACAUAACGGACUUAGUGGACAAACAGCCGUCACAAUGAAAAAGAACCACUUACCGACUCGGGUGAGUGUUCGAUUGUACCGGUACCGACAGAAACUAUUUGACACAAGAUGAAAGAGAAAAGUAGGACAGAAAGAAGCUCGACAAACGAAAUGUUUAAGUAUUAGAUUUAAUUUUGAACACGACGUCCUAUACCCAGCUUCCGCUUUUCAAAAUAAGACAGUGCUAACAUUGUUUAUGUAUGGAGUUCCUAUUUCAAAUAAACAUCAUGCCUAUUUAA